UGUCACCCGCCCGCCCCGCUUCCGGCCAGCCUCGGUUCCGCUUCCGGUCCGACGCCUGCGUCUUUGCUGAGGGUCACAUUGAGCUGCGAGGGCCGUGGUUGGAAGUCAGCACCAUGGCAGAAGAUAUCAAGACCAAAAUUAGGAACUACCAGACUGCUCCUUUUGACAGCCGCUUCCCCAACCAGAACCAGACCCGGAACUGUUGGCAGAACUACCUGGACUUCCACCGCUGCGAGAAGGCGAUGACGGCGAAAGGCGGGGAUGUCUCCGUCUGCGAGUGGUACCGGCGAGUGUACAAGUCCCUCUGCCCCCUGUCCUGGGUGUCGACCUGGGACGACCGCCGGGCAGAAGGCACGUUUCCCGGCAAGAUCUGAACUGGCUCCCCCCGCCCCCCGCCCCUCUGUCCUUUUCCCAGGGUGGUGAAGGGGGACCUGGGCACGUGGCGAUCCCCACCCUGGGAUCCUAAACCAUGGCUUAACUAAUAAAUACUCGGAGAAGGGU